AUGGAGAUCCUGGACGUGAUGGGUGAGGAAGCAAUUGAGACAGAGGGAUCAGCCAUCUUAGCGGCCAUUUUAAACAACAGCUUGGAUGCCACUGCCAACUUCACCAAUAUCACAUUUUUCCCCUACUAUCAACACUCUCUGUAUGUAGCUGUCAGCUACAUCUUGGCAUACUCCUUUAUCUUUCUGUUGUGCAUGGUGGGUAACAUCCUGGUGUGUCUGAUUGUACUGGAAAACCGAUGCAUGCGCACAGUGACCAACCUCUUCAUCCUUAACCUGGCAGUCAGUGACCUCCUCGUGGGGAUCUUCUGCAUCCCUACAACUCUGGUGGACAACCUCAUUACAGGUUGGCCUUUCUCCAACACAGUGUGUAAGAUGAGUGGAUUUGUGCAGGGCGUGUCUGUGUCAGCCUCAGUCUUCACCCUGGUAGCGAUUGCCAUUGAAAGGUUCCGUUGUAUUGUGUACCCUCUCCAGCCCAAGCUGACUCUGCUUGUUGCCAAGGUAGCCAUUGUGUCAAUCUGGGUGCUAGCAGUGGCAAUUACAUGUCCUGCUGCAAUAGUACUGACUGUGGGAAAGGUUCCUUUACAUUACAUGGUCUACAACAAUGAAUUUAAUCACACGUUGCCUCUUUACACCUGCUAUGAAAACUUUGCCAAUCCCCACAUGAGAAAGGUCUACACAGCAGUUCUUUUUGCCCACAUCUAUCUGGUUCCCCUCACUGUCAUCACGCUGAUGUAUGUAAGCAUUGGUGUCAAACUGUGCUCCUCUGCAGUUGUGAACAGAGAACCAGAGGCGGGAGGCAGAAGACAUGCUCAGCAAGUAAUAUCCCAGAAAAAGAUCAAGGUAAUAAAGAUGCUCAUUGUGGUGGCUUUGCUUUUCAUGAUGUCCUGGUUGCCCCUCUGGACCCUCAUGAUGAUGGCAGACUAUGCUGGACUGGACAGGGACCAGCUGGACCUUCUCACCAGCUACAUCUUCCCCUUUGCCCACUGGCUUGCCUUUUCCAACUCCAGUGUGAAUCCCAUUGUCUACGGCUACUACAAUAAGAACUUCAAAAGGGGCUUUCAGGCAGUGUGCAAGACAAAGCCAUUCUGCUGCGUCACCCAGCAGAGGAGCAGAAUGCCUCGAUGGGGACGGCGAAGAAGAUCUGCACAAGCACCAUGUGAAGGGACUGAACGAAGGGAUGGCAGUAACAACCACAGCAACUUUCUGUUGGGACUAAGAAACCGUGUCCAUAAUGACAACAAACUGAGUGAAACACCAGAAAUAAACAGGUGCUCAACAGUGGGGUGUGUGGUGGUCCACAAAGGUACAAGUCUCUCAGAUCAAGGGAUAGAAAUGGUAGCCAUACAUAAGAAAAGCAGCAAUGGAGAAGGUUCUGAGAAGGUAAGCUCUCUAGGAGUUUCAGUAUAUCAGGCUUGGGAUAACUGAGUAAUAACCUUAACAAAAUAUGAA